AAUGAGUUUAAUUUCCCCCAGAGAUGAUCCAAUGUAGGUGCUUAGUAGCUCGGGUUCAUGGUUAUAAUUUGUAGUUACCCAACUCCUGGACACUCUGACUCACACUGCCACCACACUUCUGCAACAAUCAGCAGCUCCUCAGCCUUCAUUUCCUUUUCUUCACUGUACAGCCCUGCCUUGGCAAAGCACAACCACUUAACUACAAACCACCAGCGUUUCUAACAGAAGUAGUCUCUGCUUCCAAAAGGAUGUGAACACUGCUGGUGAGGCCAACGUUUAUUGCCUAACCCCAAGCGUCCUGGAGAAAAUACUGGUGAGCUACCUUCUCGAACUGCUGCCCAUGUGAAAUAGGUCUUUCAACCAGCAAAUGCGAUCCACCACCAUCUAACUAACAUCAAGGCUUGCGGAAUGGAAGGGAAGAUCAACAAAAAGGAAAGUAACUGUGAAGGAAAAUGCAAUAUUACCGAAGGCUUGCAUAAAGGCAAAAAUUGCAAAUCAUCUGUGAUCACUCUUAAUGUAGGUGGGCACCUGUACACAACGCAGAGAUACACUUUAACCAAAUAUGCUGAUUCCUUACCAGAAGCUUUGGUGAAUGGCAAAAUUCAGAAUACUGUUGAUGCCAACGGGAAUUACUUCAUAGAUCGUGAUGGCACACUGUUCAGGCAUGUCCUCAACUUCCUACGAAAUGGCGAGCUUCUCUUACCAGAAGGAUUUCGAGAGUUUCAACUUUUGGCAAGGGAGGCAGAAUUCUAUCAAAUAAAGCCUCUGACAGAUGCUCUGAAGGCCAAAUCAGCGAGCAUGAGGGAAGGGUCAGAAAGUACAUUCCUGGAAAUAAUUGACAACCACGAUCGCUCUCAUGGUCUCAGAAUCUACUGCAAUUCUUCGGAUUUCAUAACAAGAGUAAAAACACGCAUUAUUCAAGUGUCAAAAAGCCGCCUAGAUGGGUUUCCGGAGGAAUUUGUCGUGUCAUCCCAUGCCAUCCAGUUUAAGUACUUCAUUAAAUCAGAAAGUGGUGCACGGCUUGUCCUAAAAGAAGAUAAUACCUUUAUAUGCACACUGGAGACCCUAAAGUUUGAGACGGUCAUGAUGGCUUUAAAGAGUGACUUCAAGUUACUGACCAGCUUGGAUAGUUCCAAAGGGUCAAUCGUUCAGUGUGAUGCACUUCAUUUUCGGAAGUAAAUCUUGCUUUACAAAUAAUACAGAAGAGUGCUGCAUAUCACAGUAAUAAACACUGAGGUAACAAGGGCCCUUUUGCAACUAUCAAAAUAUGGUAAAAUAGGCUGCUUGGUAGAUUAACAUAAUGAUGUAACGUACUAUGCACCACUAAAUUGGAAAAAAAGUUCAAAGCUCCCAAUUACAUUAUGAUUUGCAAUUUGUCCACAAGCAUCUCAUUCCAUCGUAUCAGUUCCAAUUGUAAUUGGCUUGCUUUGCUGAAUAAGAAUAUAAAAUAAAUAAAUAUGGACCUUGUAUUACUCGAACAUUCGGUACAGCAAAAAUAAAACUUCACUCCAAAAACUUUCAUAGCCUCAAUUUUCAAAAUAUCUAUAGUAAUAUUUCCAACAUAGAUUUCUCGCUUUUUUCAGCAUGAAACACUUCAGGAAAAUAUUCCAUUCUCUCAAGGUGAUAUGAUAUGCAAGUAUCAUAGUACUUUAAGUCUUGGAAACUAUUCAGCUCUAUCCAUUGGGUAACAAAGUUCACUAAAGUAGUGAAAGUUCAUCGGAGUUUCAUUAAUUGCACAUUGGGACAGUGAAAUUAAUUCUAGAUUGCUCCAGCAGAGCUUCAACAUGCUGACACUGCCCCAACAGACUGAUCUGCCUCAGUGUGGGUUGCAAAUCUCAGAAUUAAACGCAAACAGAAAGUAAACAAAUUUAUAUUACGUGCAUCAGAAUGACAUUGUUUAAUUGCAAUGAUCCACUCGUCAUUCAUUCAUUCAAAUUCUUCCUAACAGCAUGAAACUGAAUUCGCUCCAAGUUGCCAAUUUCUGGUCUAUUAACACUAUAGAUACUCAAGAACUAUCAAAUAAGAAGACCAUUUUAAUGUGUGCAAACUUGUCUCAAAAUUGGUUGUUGCAGCUUAAGUGAUAACAAGCAUAUAUGGUGCACUCCUGAAUUCAAAUGCUUACCAAACUGCUUUAUCGGUGCAUGGAAUGAUCGGUAAAUUCACUUCCACCACCCUCCACCCCCAGCCAAGAAAGCUGUACCUUUGGAAUGGUCAUCCUCUAAACCAUGUUAGGGCCAAUGUUCUGGCAAGAUAUAUAACUGGGGUAAAGAGAGAGCUUUAAAUCUUGGAGGUGAGGGUUGAGGUUUGAGAAGAUGUAAUAAACUGACCUCAGCAUACAAUGUAAAGCGGCAAGGUUGCAAUAAGGGAAAUGAACAAGCAUCAGCAAGAAGGGACAAAGCAUGCAAACCUAAAAAAACGGAAUGUAUACUGGAGACAUUUCACACACAGUGCCACCAAAGGACCAGGCGCAAUCAUCAUCAAUCAUCAACAAUAAGUGCCAAAUCUUAGUCACGUCACUGUGGGGAAGCACCUGGUACAGGUCACAUUGUUCAUCAUAGGCAAGAAAAACAUCGGAUGACUCAGUAACAAUCGCCUGCAUGUAUCUGCUAACAGUUUCCUUACAGAACAGCAAUGGUGACAAUUCUUCUUGGGGACAAGAUGGAGAGGAGAGAACUGCAUAUAUAUUAAAAAUACAGAAGAUGGGUAAAAAGAAUGCGUCUUUUACUAAUCAACAGUAUCUUUUGUCUUUGGCUUCGGUAAUGAGACUUUCUGGAAAGAAAUAUAAUAAAUUAUAUCUAGUUUUGAAUUAUGUAUUAAUAAUCACAAAUGUCAGACUAUAUUGUUAAAUGCAAUUAAAAUGAAUAUUUAAACAGUUAUGUUAAG